AGCGGAGCAGGAAAAGUUUUUUCUAGGGGGGUUGGUGUGGGGGACUCCGGGAUGAUCAGUGAAAGCUCCUCCAUAGAGAGCUGCGCUGUUUGAAACAAACUCUCGUCGUUGAGGCACAAUGGGACUCCCCACUUUGGAGUUCAGUGACUCUUUCCUGGACAGUCCGGACUUCAGGGAGCGAAUCAAAUGCCACGAAAUCGAGGUUGAACGGACGAAUAAGUUCAUCAAAGAUCUCAUCAAGGAUGGGAAUAUGCUCAUCAAUGCGCUCAAGAAUCUUUCUGCUGCUGUCCAGAAGUUCUCCCAGUCCCUGCAGGAGUUCCAGUUUGAGUGCAUAGGUGAUGCAGAGACAGACGAUGAGGUGAACAUUGCCCAGUCAUUCAAAGAGUUCUCCCAGCUGUUGAACACUGUUGAAGAGGAAAGGAGACGCCUGAUUCAGAAUGCCGACGACGUGUUGAUUACUCCCCUGGAAAAGUUUCGGAAGGAACAAAUCGGUGCUGCGAAGGAGGGUAAGAAGAAAUUCGAUAAGGAAACAGAGAAAUACUACUCCCUGCUUGAGAGACACCUCAACCUGUCAUCCAAAAAGAAGGAAGCAUAUCUCCAGGAGGCUGACACGCAGAUUGAUAAGGAGAGACAUCUCUUUUAUGACGCGUCCCUCGAGUACGUUUUCAAAAUACAGGAAGUGCAAGAAAAAAAGAAAUUUGAGUUUGUUGAGCCGCUCCUGGCAUUUCUUCAGGGCUUGUUUACAUUCUACCAUGAAGGAUAUGAGCUGGCUCAUGAAUUCGAGCCAUACAAACAGCAGCUCCAGUUCAACCUACAGAACACACGGAACAACUUUGUUAGCACCAAGCAGGAAGUGGAGAAGCUGAUGAAGAGGAUAAGGUCUGCAGAUCAAGACUAUAAACCCCCAGGCCAGUGGACGAUGGAAGGCUUCCUGUACGUCCAGGAGAAACGUCCUCUGGGAUGCACUUGGACACGUCACUACUGCACAUAUGAGAAAGGCAGCAACACCUUCACCAUGUGCAACACUGAAAAUAAGUCAGCCGGGAAACAGAAUGGUCUUGUCCUAAACCAGCCAGAGACGUUCAAGCUCAAGUCCUGCAUUCGGAGGAAAACCGAUUCCAUCGACAAGCGCUUUUGCUUUGAUAUCGAAGUGGUGGAGAGAAAUGACAUCUGUCGUGGAACUCUUUUCAGGCCACUUCAGUUUUUCUGUAAAGUCCGGCAUGGCGUUAUGACACUGCAGGCACUGUCAGAGUCCAACAGAAGAUUGUGGCUGGAGGCCAUGGAUGGCAAGGAGCCGAUUUACAACCUGCCAGCUAUAUUAAGCAAAAAGGAAGAGACAUUUCUUAAUGAGGCAGGCUUUAACUUUGUGAGGAAGUGCAUCGACCUGGUGGAGAUGAGAGGCAUAAACACAAUGGGGCUGUACAGAAUCGGAGGGGUCAACUCCAAAGUGCAGAAACUGAUGACCACAGUCUUUUCAUCCAAGGCACCUGUGGAUAUGGACCUGGAUCCAGAGACGUGGGACAACAAAACUAUCACCAGUGGUCUGAAGAAUUACCUCAGAUGUCUCUCCGAGCCUCUAAUGACCUUCAAGCUCCACAAAGAUUUUAUCAUGGCUGCCAAGUCAGAUGACCAGAACUACAGGGUGUGUGCUGUCCAUGCUUUGGUUCAUAAACUGCCGGAGAGGAACAAGGAAAUGCUGGAGCUGCUAAUAAAACACCUCGUCACAGUUUCCACACAAAGUGAGUCAAACCUGAUGACCGUAUCCAACCUGGGUGUCAUCUUUGGGCCCACGCUGAUGCGCUCGCAAGAGGAAACUGUGGCCGCCAUGAUGAACAUCAAGUUCCAGAACAUUGUGGUGGAGAUACUUAUCGAGAACUUCAUCAAGGUCUUUCACCAGCCUCCAGAUCCAAAUGUACCUCUGCCCCAACCCCAGAGCCGGCCUGGCUCUCGGAGGAGUAGGGCCAUCUGUCUGUCCACGGGUCCCAGGAAGCCCCGCAGCCUCUACACCCCAACACUGUGCCUGGCAGAUGCAGAAAGUCCCUGCAUAGGUGACACUUUUAGCAGCAGUCCAAGCAGCACCCCCAUGGGCAGCAUGGAGUCUUUGUCCUCCCACUCCUCUGAGCAGAAUAGCUGCUCCAAAACUGCUUCCACCGCUCAGGUCAAGGACAAAUCGCUCCUGGACCUCUGCCGAACGCCAUCACAGCUCUCAAAUGGCCCCAGGAGCGCCGUAUGUAUCAGCAGCCCAGAGUCCAGCUCCAGGGAGGAUGCAGCAGGGCGUACAGAUGGAGAGUCAGAGGACGCUCUCAGCCUGUCCUCAGUCAGCAUCACACCUAGGUUGUCUCCUGCCCCUAAAAAAGCCCCCCACUGCCUCGCUAACCUCAGGCCGCCACUGCUGAACCGCUCACCUGCUCCCUCCAUGAAAUCACUGCAUUCAUCUGAAGGCCGCAGGAGCUGCUCUGGAUCCGUCCAAAGUCUGUCAACACUGGAUCUGAAGGAGAGUUUAAAGCCUGCUGAGAACCCAGACCUUCCACCAAAGCAAGUGACCCGCCGCAGGAUGGACACCUCAGUCAGCAACGGCUACCAAAGACCUGGCUCAGUGGUUGCUGCCAGAGCACUGCUUUUUGAAAAUGCCUCUAACGCCCAGUCUGUUCCAGUCGGAAGAGAUGCCAAGGCGAUGUAUUCCUGUGAGGCAGAGCACAGCCACGAGCUCAGCUUCCCCCAGGGGGCACACUUCUCAAAUGUCUACCCCUCUGUCGAGCCAGGCUGGCUCCAAGCGACAUACGAAGGAAGAACAGGCUUAAUCCCUGAGAAUUAUGUCGUCUUCCUCUAACAAGCUGGUAAACAUCUUUUUCAUGGUAUCCAUGGAAAACAAUGAUACACAAUGCGGUUGGCUGGUUGUUCCCGGUAACUGCAUGUUCUGCACUCUUUCUGCAGAUGUCAAGCAGCGCGGCAAGUUGCUUUAACUAAGUUUUUAAAAAAAGUACCUCCUUUUCUGUGAAUUGUGAAACGAUAGGGGGAAUCUGCAGAGAUUCAGAGGUUAGGAAGAAAUAGGUGUGAGAUUAAUGUUAGAUGUAAAUGUAUAACCCAUGGACUGCACUGAUGUUUUUAAUCCCAGUAUACGCCUACAGAAUCACAAAACAGUCACAUCCCAUUUCACAAGAUUUAUUCUCAGAAAUAUAUUAUCUUUUACCUUCCCAUUAUAUCAACGUAACACGGAGACCUGUAGCUUCAUAAACAAUAGUAACCGUCAUCGAACAAACUGUGAUUUGAAAUCUAAUCUAUUAGAAUUUAAUAGAACAAAAAAGCAUAAUGGGUUUGCACCUUAACUUUUCAUGUUUAUGGCCUGUGAUCAUUGUUCAUCCACUGAACCUGCUCCCUGCUGCUGUGCACUUUCUGUUUAGCUACACGGUACUGUAUUGUACAUUAAUACUCGUGAGUUCUUCUGUAGAUGCUAAUCAAAAAUAUUAACUUCUUUUUAACUUUUUAUUACUAUAAAUUAUCGCUUCAAAUAUAUGCUGUAUGUAAAAAUGUGUUUUUUUUUUUAAUGUCAUGAAUGCUAUGUUCAUGUGGUGGAGCGUUCACCUUUAAUGCCUGGUGUGGUACUGUAGUCACUGGUACACUGGUGUACUAGUAAUGUCAACGAAACAUGUAUCAGAUUAUAUUAUGUUACAGAUUCCAUUUAAUAUUUAAUUUUCUGUUACUGUCACAACAUUUCAAAAGUACAAAGUCCAUAAUUAUCUAAAAAAAAAGCUCACUUCAGUGAAAAAAAAA